GUGUAUCUCUCUCACUCAUCAAACCCAACCAAACGAGUUAAACAGCAUUUCGUUUCCUUUCGUGACAAAAACACACAAAAAGUAAUAUCACUCACGCUCUUUCUCUCACCGGGACCUAUCGUCUUUCAAUUAACCGGAACCCUAACUCGAUCCACCGGCGAAUUCAAGAUUCUGGUGUGUUAUACAAUCUCCGGCAACUAUUAAUUCUGUGCUUCUGUUACUUUACGUGAGUUUAAUUAGGUUUUGGAAGUUUGGAAGAGGAAGCUAAUUAGUUCCUUAGGGGUUUUGUUGGAAAAAUUAGAUGAGCGUACGAUUGGGGAAGAGUAGACGACCAGGGCUUCGUCACCGAAUGGAGGGAGGUAGCGUCUCUAGACUUGCUCUGGGACACACCCAUGGAUUAUGAUGAAAAUGAUUUUCAAAAUCACAAUCUUCAUUUAGCUGGUGAAGGAAGCAACAAAUUUCCUUCUGUUUUACAGCCAUAUGCUCUUCCCAAGUUUGAUUUCGAUGACAGUCUAAAUGGAUCUUUAAGGUUUGAUAGUUUGGUUGAGACUGAGGUUCUUCUUGGCAUUGAAAGUAACGAAGACAAUCAGUGGAUUGAAGAUUUCUCUCGUGGUACCAGUGGGAUACAGUUUAGUUCAAGUGCAGCAGAGUCUUGUUCUCUAUCAAGACGCAACAAUGUCUGGUCUGAAGCUACUUCCUCAGAAUCUGUUGAAAUGUUAUUAAAAUCUGUUGGCCAGGAAGAUAAUACUCCUAUACAAACUAAUACUAAGGAGUCAGAUGCCUGUGAUGAACUGGGUUGCAUACUAAAGCACAUGGAGCCCAUCUUGAAACAGGAUAAUGAUACAUCACCUAAAGUGGAAGAUACUGCGAAUUUACAGGCUAAAUUUCUGCCAGGCGAGGAUGUGGAAGAUUUUUCUGUGUUGGAUAAUGAUGUUGGACAGCAGCAGCCUCUUGAUGAUAGUUCUCAGGAUCAUAAAGGUGAAGCAUCUGCUGAUAGUGGUUUGGGACCUUUAGUUGACCUAUCUGCUAUUAGUGUAGAGGUCAGGCAACCUGUUAUUGAAGGGAGUCUGUCCAUUGAUAGUAAAUCUAAUCAUGUUACUCAAAGGGAGAUCGAUAAUGUUGUGAAUGGAUCUUCAAAUGAUAGGCCACAGAAAGUUCCUGCUUCAGGGAUGCAGGAUGGUGCCUCUGUGCAAAGUAGCACUACAGGAAAUAUUGAAUUGAAUGAAAAAGAUGGCCCAGAUGAUAUAAAUAUCACUUCUGAUGAUAGUAAAGAUUUUCUGGAAACAGACACUGGUGAGAAUCAGAAAAAGGGACAAGUAUCAAGUCAAGAGGGCCAAAUGGAGGAUGAGAAUCCUUGUUUGGAUGCAGUGGAAUCUAUGGAAGAAGCUAACAUCAUUGAAACUAACUCGAGUAAUUUGGGGGAACCUUCUUGCAAAAUACUGAAUUCACAUUCUGGCUUCCCAGAAGACUUAGUGACUAGUGAUCAGUCCAAAGUGGAUACAGUUGGGGGAUCAGUGAUGGCUGUUGAAGAUAAUACUACUUUUAAGGGGCAUGAAAUUGAGGACUCAAAUGGUUCCCAAUUGGAUAACAAGAACCUAUCUAAUAAGUGUGAGGGAUCUCUCCUGUCUGCUGAAGACUGUGGGCCUGCUAAAGUGAAAGUUGGUGGAACUCGCAGCAGCGAUACAGGUGGUGUUUCUAGUUUGGCUAAGGUGUGCUGUUCAGCUGAAGUUGUCGGAGAAGUGGCCCAUGUUUCAUCCUCUUUCCUUGCUGAAUCAUCACAAAUAUGUGGGAAGUCUGUGGUUUCCGCUGAGGGAAAGGACACCAUAGAGCUUCCUUCUGGCAAUGUUAGCACUGAAAACAAUUUCAUAGCUUCGAGAUUGCAAUCAGAUGCUGCUUCUGACAACAAUUCGGCAUCAGAUGUUAGCUGCGAACAUGCUCACGUGGUAACCUUUGCUACAAUGGAUGGUGUUCCAGCACCUUCUGGUGAUGUCACUAAUGUAGAUGCAGUUAUUGGUCACAAAGAUGUCAAAAUGUCACUUUUAAGUGAGAUGGGGUUAAGUCCCUUAGAUAAAGAGAAAGAAACCACGGACAAGAUUUAUGUGGAGGCCAGUUUAUCAGGUCUGAAGACCUCUUGUCAAGUGAUAGCUGGAUUGGAUCCUGGUUCUGAAUCCAAAAAAGGUGCUUCUUCUGGUGCUGCAGGACAGAUAUUAUGUGAGUCAGCUGAACAAUCUCCAUUAAUGGUGGAUGCUAGUAAAACAGAAGGACCUCAUUCAGAAGUAAUUGAUAAGGUCAGCCUGAAGAGCACAAAGGAAAUGAAUGUGUGUCCAGUUCUUUGUGAUUCAACUGCAAACAAGGGAGAUGAUGUUGAAGUGUUGGUAAAAGAAAAUGAUGAAAAGGAAUCAUCCAAAGUUUCAGAACCAACUGUAAACAAGAAUGAGAUGCUAGGACCUAUCUCCUCAGAAAAGGAAGAGGGUCGAGAGGAUGCUAACCAGAAAGGUCAGGAAGAAAAUGAAGACGUCAUAGUGUCUGAAGAUAAUAGUGAUGGGAAGAUUGCUGUCCCUAGCACAAACGAUUGUGGAAGUUGUGCUGAUGUUGGCAAAGCAGCCAGUGGUUCCCCUACUGUCAUCAGAGCCGCCAGAGAUUUUCAGAGUGAAAGUGACAAGGAUGGAGCCAAAUAUUCAGUUGAGCAGGCUGCUGUUGCUGAUAGCAAUGCCAGCAAAGCUUUGUCUCGUUCUCAGGAUCUGAAACAAAAUGAUGCAUCCAAAGAUGAAAGGAGCUUCACUUUUGAGGUCAGUCCGCUGGCAAAAAUGCCUCAAAAAGAAGUCGGCAAUAAAUGGCAGCCCUUUUUGAACAAACCAACCACUGAAGCCUACCCGAUUUUGAAUGCUUCUCCAUCAUCUGGUCUGGUCCAAAUAGAUCCCAAGCUUGCCCAAGAUCUUCCUCAUGGAAAUCCAAAGGUGUCUGAUGUAGCCAUUGUGCGUAGUGGCUCUAAAGGUACUUCUGAGCGUAAAACAAGACGAUCAUCUGGUAAGGCCAUGGAAAAGGAGAGUGCGAGAAAGGGAAAUCCUAUUAAAGAUACUGCUUCUGUGAGGCUAGAAAAGGGGGCAAAAACAAACAAUGUCUCCCCAAGCCCUUCUGGGAUAGCGCAACAUGUGCAAUCAAAUGAGAUGCAGCGCUAUGGUCAUGUGGAUUCCAGUACUAAGAAACCAUUUGUCCAUGCAUCUUCAAGCCUUCCAGAUCUGAAUUCUUCUGCUUCUCCAUCUGUGAUGUUUCAACAACCCUUCACGGACUUGCAACAAGUGCAAUUGCGUGCUCAGAUAUUUGUUUAUGGCGCUUUGAUACAAGGAACAGCUCCAGAUGAAGCAUAUAUGAGAUCAGCAUUUGGAGGAUCUGAUUGUGGUAAAAGCAUAUGGGAGAAUGCCCUACGCUCUUCUAUAGAACGGCUUCAUGGUCAAAAAACUAAUCUCACUACUCCAGAAACCCCUUUGCAGUCACGUCCUGGUGUCAGAGCUCCUGAUCAAGCAAUUAAACAGAGUACUGUUCAAAGUAAAGUAAUCUCUCCACCUAUUGGUCGAUCCAGCAAGGGUACUCCAACAAUUGUGAACCCCAUGGUGCCCCUUUCUUCACCGCUCUGGAGUGUACCUACCCCUGCUGGCGACGCAUUUCAAUCAAGCAGCAUGCCAAGGGCUCCCAUUAUGGAUCAUCAGCGGGCACUUUCUCCUAUGCAUCCUCAUCAAACUCCACAGAUAAGAAAUUUUUCUGGUAACCCUUGGAUAUCUCAGGCACCUUUUUGCGGUCCCUGGGCUCCAUCUCCACAAACACCUGCACUUGACACAAGUAGUCAUUUUUCUGCGCAAUUGCCUAUCACAGAACCAGUUCAAUUGACACCUGUGAAAGACUUAUCCAUGCCAAUUAUCUCUGGUGCAAGGCAUGUUUCUCCUGGUCCUGUAGCUCAGAGUGGGGCUUCCACCAGUGUUUUUACUGGGACUUUUCCUGUUCCAGAUGCAAAAAAGGUUGCAGUGUCUUCCAGUCAACCUCCUGCUGAUCCCAAACCUAGGAAAAGAAAAAAGAACUCAGUUUCUGAUAGUCCAGGUCAGAAUAUUUUGCCUCCUCGCCUUCGAACAGGAUCAGUUUCUGCUCCUGUUGUUACCAGUCAUCUGUCUACUUCUGUUGCCAGUACAAGCCCUAUCAUCUUUCUUUCUAAAGCCCCUACAGAGAAAUUUGUGACUUCUGUAUCUCCUACACCUACUGAUAUCAGAAAUGGGAAUCAGAAUGCAGAACAGAGGAAUAUUUUGGCAGAGGAAACCCUUGAUAAAGUGAAGGCUGCGAGAGUGCAGGCAGAGGAUGCUGCCACUCUUGCUGCUGCUGCUGUUUGUCACAGCCUGGAAAUGUGGAAUCAGUUGGAUAAGCAGAGAAAUUCUGGGUUAUCACCAGAUAUUGAAACCAAACUAGCUUCUGCAGCUGCUGCAAUAGCUGCAGCUGCUGCUGUUGCAAAAGCAGCAGCGGCAGCUGCCAAAGUUGCAUCUAGUGCUGCAGUGCAAGCAAAACUGUUGGCUGAUGAAGCAGUAAAUUCUGGUGGUUACAACAAUCCCAGUCAAGACAAUACAAUUUCUGUUUCUGAAGGCAUGAAGAAUUUGGGAAAGGCUACUCCUGCUUCCAUCCUGAAGGGUGAUGAUGGGACAAACAGUUCCAGUUCAAUCCUUAUUGUGGCAAGGGAGGCUGCUAGACGGAGAGUUGAAGUUGCUUCUGCUGCUGCAAAACGAGCUGAAAAUAUGGAUGCUAUUGUUAAAGCUGCGGAGCUGGCUGCAGAAGCUGUGUCUCAAGCUGGGAAGAUAGUUGCUGUGGGCGAUCCUUUGCCACAGAAUGAGCUAGUAGCUGUGGGUCCAGAGGGCUAUUGGAAAGUAGCCAAAAUAAAUAAUGAACUGAUCUCUAAAUCAAAUGCUAUAGGUAGAAAAACUCUUAACAUAGAUAGAGUUGGAGAGGGACCACACGCUCCAACUGAGGAGUCCACUGAGGACCAUGUGAGAUUGGAAGAUGGUUUCUUGAGUUCUGGUGCAGCUGCUGCAAAGGAUGUUAAAGGACAAGAGGGCUACAAGGUGUCUGAAUCUGAGAAUGGUUCAAGAUCUUUGGGAACUAUAGAAAACUUUAACAGCAUCAAGGAGGGGUCCCUUGUAGAGGUUUUCAAAGAUGGGAAUGGAUUUAAAGCAGCCUGGUUCUCUGCCAAUGUCGUGGAUUUAAAGGAUGGGAGUGCAUAUGUGAGUUAUACUAAUCUUUCAUCAGUUGAAGGCUCAGAAAAGCUAAAGGAGUGGGUGACACUUAGAGGUGAAGGAGAGAGAGCACCAAAAAUACGAAUAGCUCGCCCUAUUACUGCCGUGCAAUUAGAAGGAACAAGGAAGAGGCGACGAGCUGCCAUGGUGGACCAUAUUUGGUCUGUUGGUGAUAGAGUGGAUGCAUGGAUUCAAGAUAGCUGGUGGGAAGGAGUGGUCAUUGAAAGAAGCAAGAAAGAUGGCACCACACUAACAGUCCAAUUUCCAGUUCAAGGAGAAACAUCUGUUGUUAGAGCAUGGCAUCUUCGGCCUUCUCUCCUAUGGGAAAAUGGGGAAUGGAUUGAAUGGUCCAGUUCAAGGGUGGGCUCUCAUUCGACCAACAAGGGUGAUACUCCACAGGAAAAACGACUGAGGGUGCGGAGCCCUGCAGUGGACACCAAAGGGAAUGAUAAGUUGUCAAAAGGUUUUGAUUCUGUGGAAACUAAUAAACCUGAUGAGCCAACUUUAUUGGAUUUAGCUGCUCAUGAAAAAUUGUUUAAUAUUGGUAAGAGUGCCAAAGAUGGUAAUAAACCUGACGGGCUCAGAAUGGCACGGACUGGCUUGCAGAAGGAAGGAUCAAAAGUGAUCUUUGGUGUACCAAAGCCUGGGAAAAAAAGGAAGUUUAUGGAAGUGAGCAAGCAUUAUGUUGCAGAUCAGAGCAGCAAAAACAACGAUGCAAAUGAUUCAGUAAAGUUUGAUAAAUAUUUUAUGCCUCGGGGAUCAGGAUCCCGUGGAUGGAAGAAUACUUUAAGAACUGAAUCAAUCGCAAACCGAACAGCGGCAUCGAAGCCCAAGGUGUUUAAGUCAGGAAAGCCACAGAAUGUUUCUGGUAGAACAAUUACUCAGGACAACUCAUUGACAACUACAGUUUCUGCUUCCAGUGAUGGUGCUGUUACAGAUCAUGUUGCAAAGACCAAGGCUUCUAUAAGCCAUGUUGAAAAUACAUCCGAAAAACGUAACUUGACUGACUUUCAGCCCUUAUCUAGCUCCGUGCGAGUAACAGAGGGUCCAAUAUUUUCUUCCUUUCCUCUUCCUUCAGGUACACUUUCCUCUAAGAAAACUUCCACAUCAACUGCUAAACCUCAACGGGUAAGUAAAGGAAAACUUGCUCCUGCUGGUGGAAAGUUGGGUAGAAUUGAAGAGGACAAAGUUUUCAAUGGAGAUUCUUCAAAAUCAACAUCUGAUGUCACAGAGCCACGAAGGUCUAAUCGUAGAAUUCAGCCUACAUCAAGACUGUUAGAAGGGCUACAAAGCUCCUUGAUGGUGUCAAAAGUUCCAUCUGUGUCGCAUGAUAAAAGUCAGAAAAGUAGGACUGCUUCUAGAGGGAAUAACCAUGGUUGAGAGGAGCUCAUGCAAUGAUGAUAUCGAGUGCAAAGAUGCUCCAUUGUGGCUGGACAACACUGCAAGAGUAGUUGUGUAUAUUUAUAGUAGAGGUGAUAGGUAGGAAUGGAAAUUCUGCUUGGGAUAAUAUGACAUGUAGUGGGUAGAUGUUCAUAUCAAUUUUAGUUUAUUUGCGAUGAUGAUUUGAUCUCCCAGCGUUUGCCAUAAGGGUCGUAUAUGGAAAAUCUCCAUAUAGUUUGGCUUGAAAUCGCAGGAAGCUUUGCUGAUCAGUCAUGUAUGCCUUGUGAAUUCCCGUUUUAGGUGGUCGGUGGUCGGUGGGGAUGGUUAUUUCCACAUUCAAUAAGCUUUUCUUUAGUUUUCUGAAUGGAAGUUGCUAUUUAAAUUUA